GGGGGUCUUCAAGAGUUCCAGGACCCUUGUAAGGGUCUCUCUGUCUCCAGAACUGAACCUCCUGCUAGCUAGAGCCUCUGAAAGACAGUAAGGUCAGUCGGUCUCAGGAGGUUAAAGCAGGUUUCUUGGGUCCAUGAGUCGGUGUCAGUAUUCCUGAGGAGUGAUCCUCCUGACGAACAGAGAGGAUCUUUGGCUGCAGGUUGGUGCAGCUGAGAAAAGAGAAGAAGAGCAGGUUGAUGUCAGACAGACAGAGACAGGAGGACAGAGAGACAGGAGGACAGACAGAGGGACACCAUCAGAACCUCCACUUGUGCGGAUUAAUUUUUUUCUGCAGCUUCUGCGAUGAAGGAGCAGAACUUUAACGAGGAGGUGAAGAAGAUUAUGGAGGAAGCACCGAACGCCAGAAAAGCUCUGCUGGAAAACUACGACAACCUGCUGAAUGUGGCCGAUUACUGCUACAACAACUACGUACAGUCAAGUGAUGGCAGUAUGAAGGCGUUGGAGGAAACUAAGAACUUCACCACCCAAUCCCUGGCCAGCGUCGCCUACCAGAUCAGCACUCUGGCCAGCAGCGUCCUGAGUCUGCUGGAUGCUCAGACCAAUCAGCUGCGUCACAUGGAGUCCUCCAUCAACCUCAUUGGUCAGACGGUGGAGAUGCACAAAGAGAAGGUGUCUCGGAGAGAGAUCGGCGUCUUCACGACGGUUAGACGAGUCCCACGCAGCCACAAGAUCCUCCUUCCUGCCCAGCCCGCCGGUGGCACGCAGCCCCGCCCACCCUACAGCCGUCGACCAAUCAACUACCAGCAACUGGACGGCCUCGGCCACGGCAUGAAGGUCUCUGGGAAGCAGUCGGACCGAACAGGAACGAUCCGUAAACACGGCGCCUCCACCAGGUCCACUAAACCUCCAGAGCCGGUCCAGUGCCCGGUGGCGCCCCCUGUCAGCGGCUCUAGUUUUGGGAAGCCCGUAGCUCCGCCCACCAUCCCCGCCUCCUUCCAGGCUCCACCUGAGAGUGACAUCAUCACCACGCUGCUGGACAACGCCCCGCCUCCUCCUCCUCCUGGAGCAAGUGAGAUGUCAGAUCAGGAUGAUGAGGUCAUUAACGCCUCGGUCCCGCCGCCUCCACCUCCUCCGCCUGAUUCGUCAGGAGAUCUCAUGGUCCCGCCCCCUCCUCCUCCUCCGCCUGAUUCGUCAGGAGAUCUCAUGGUCCCGCCCCCUCCUCCUCCUCCGCCUGAUUCGUCAGGAGAUCUCAUGGUCCCGCCCUCUCCUCCUCCUCCGCCUGAUUCGUCAGGAGACAUGGCGGUCCUGCCCCCUCCUCCUCCUCCUCCUCCUUCAGAGGCUCUGACCAAUCACAGCGCUCCACCGCCGGCCCCGCCCCUCAGCCUCGAGACAGGUGAGGUGGUGGAGGAGAGCAGCUUCCCACCUCCAUCUCCUCCCCCCCCUCCUCCCUCCGAUAACGACGGCUUCCCUCCGCUGACCAAUGACGGCUCAGAACUGCCAGCCCCGCCCCCUCCACCCAACCAGGAAGUAGACGUGACCCUCCCGACCAGGAGGAGUCGCCGUCGUUGCUCGCCCCCCGCCGCUCGCUCUCUCUCUCUGAGGGUCCGCUCUGGCCCCGCCUCUCGCUACCGCUACACUCGCUCUCUCUUCCUGCCUGCUGUCCAAUCAUUGAUGAUCCCCCCGCCUCCACCCUACCCUCCCCCCCACGCUCCUCCUUCCUCCUCCUCCUCCUCCUCCUCCUCCUCCUUCACCCUGCUCCGUCGCUCCUCUUCCUCCUCCUCUUCCUCACCUCGACACUGCUUACCUGCUCGCCUCGAACAUCUGGAUCUGGAGCUCCCAGCCACGCCUCCUCCUCUCCUAUUGGACGAUGAGGCUGGUUUUGAUGACCUCAUGCCGCCCCUCCCUCCACCAGUGGACUACGACACCGACGCCCCCCCACAAUACCUGGAGAAAGUGGAGGCGCUGUACAGCUACGAGGCGUCCAAACCCGACGACCUGUCACUCACUGAGGGCGACAUCAUCUACCUGACACAUCGCCAUGACGACGGCUGGUGCGAGGGGUUUCUCAAGGGCAACCGGGGCUUCUUCCCUGAAAACUACGUCCAAUCAUGUGACUAGACCGAAGCCCCGCCCCCUCUCUGUGGUUUAUGUUGCCAUGGAGACCAACCCUCCUUUGUGCUGCCCCCCAGAGGAAACACUCAGUAACUACACGUAUAAACAGUCUUCUACUAUAGAAACCUAUAACCUCCUGUUACAUCACUGAUAUACUGUAUAUAGUCAACAAAUUAGGAUACAAUAAAUAUAUAUAAGUACAGAAUGAAGGAGUUAAUUAAUAAUAGUGUUCUCCAGCCAACACAGUUUCACUGAUUUGAUGGUUAAAAUGAAUCAACAACAAAACAAAUGCCAAAAAAUCAUUGGUUUCAGCUUCAGAUAUAAAUAUUGGCACAUCGUCUUUGUUUUUGGUAAUUAAAUAAUAAAUUCCUGUGAAUGCCUUUUAUUAUUUUUUCUGACAAUGUGUCAACAAAACAAAAUUCUUAUUCGGUAAAACAAAUAAUCGUUAGUUGCAGAGAGAAUCACAGCUAACUGUAUAUUAAUUUAUUUUAAAGUUAACAUAUAAAUCAGGCCCGAAACCAAGACUUAUUUUUAUUAUUGAUUAAUCUGCUGAUUAUUUUUAUGAUUCAUCGAUAAAACUUUCAAUUUAAAAUGAGCCUUUUCACAAUAAAAGCUGAUUUCCUGUUAAAAGGACAAAAUGGAACAAAAUACAAUUAGAAAAGUGAAAAAAACUUAAAAUAUAAAAAAAGAAACGUGUUCAGAUGUUUAUUAUUUCUGUUGGAAGCUCAUUAAUUUAAUCCAACAAUAAGGUCAAAUAUAUCUGUAAAGUAUAACAUUUAUUUUAAGGAGAGAUUUAUUAUUCAGUUAUUUCUAAAAAUAUUUCUAUUUCUAAGUUUUUCUUCAUUUUAAGUUUAACAAACUGAUUUUAUGGCUGUGAAUAUUAAAUUCAGAGUUUUUUAUUUGUAUUUAAAGAACUGUCUUCUGACUGACCGGCAGAACAAACUUCAGGUGUAUUUUACAGGUAAUACUGUCGUUCUUUUACUGAAUAAGAUGAGUGAUUGCAGAACGUUGCACCACUGCCCUCUGGAGGCCAAACACAAACUACACACUGAGGGUUCAAACUUAUCAAUAAUAAUCAGAUUUGUUCUUAUUUAUAAUCCAUUAAUUCAUAGUCACCAGAGUCCUAGAUGUGUCACUCUAAUCCAGAGUUAUUACUGUCAGUAAUGAUCAUUAAACAUGUCAUUUAUUAAUGGAACAUCAAAUGAUCAAUAAAUUCAUGAAGCUCUGAA